CACAUCACCACCAAUCCUUCCCUCUCCCCUCCUCCAGCUCCCCACCACCACGCACUCCAGCAGUUGCCGAUAUCUGCUGAAUCGCUACACCUCCGCACUCUAAAUCACCUCAGACCAUCAAUCCCUCACAAUGGCCGCUGUCGCCCCCAUCACCGGCAUGCUCCGCCGGAACCUCGUCCUUGACCUGAGCACCGCUUUCGGUUUCGGUACUACCUUCGGCUACCUCUGGUGGUACGGCUACCACCUCCCCCGCGUCCGCGCCCGUGACAACUACUACGUUCGUCUGGAGCAGGAGCGCGCCGCUGCCCAGGAGUAAAUUUUCGAAUCAUGACCCAUGCAUGAACCUCGCUCGACUGGAUUUGUCAAGGAUAAGCCGAUGAUGCUUUGUUUCGUUUCGGUCCGUUUCUCGUUAUAGAUGUCUAGAAGGAAUGAGACUGGUGUUGUUGGCUCAUUGGUUGGGUUGGGGACAUGUUAUGGGAGUGAGUCAGUGAGGUUGAAUUGAAUGUGAAGUAUUUGAUUUGAGGCUUGCAGUUACUAUGGGUUAGUUGUUUGAAUAGGGUUGUAUAUAUACUGGUUUUGUGUCCGGUGGUAAGUUUGUAGAUUUUGGUACUUGUGUAUGCGCGUGUGCUGGGUGUAUAGUGCUACUAGGUAGUAGUAUCUAUCUACCCCAGAGCCAGAUCAGUAGGUUAAGUAGCACUACCCAUACUGUGGGUUACUACAGACAGGAAAACCAAUCAAGUCAUUUCUU